AUGAAAGCAAGUUAAAUUCAAAGAAUAUCUAAUAGAAUCAAAAGAAAAGCCAUUUAAGCUCUCCUUUACAUAUCUGAGGAUGAAUUUGAUAUGACUAAAGGGUCUUUUUUUAAUUGUUUAAAGAUUAUGGUUUAUUUUUUAUAGUUGGAGGGAUAUAUUUUUAGUUAAUACGAAUAAAAACCCUUAACAUUAAGAGAAAACAUAUACUUUUCAAAUUAUACUCAAUUAUCUGCAUUUACAUUUUUUCUUUUUUAAAUAGGGGAUGAUUUCUUAACAUAGUUGUUUUUUUACUUAAUAUUUCUCUUACAUUUAAUUGUCUACAUUUUACUAGCAAUAUUAUCAUUAGAUAAAUAGAUUGAGAAAACAGGAAUAAUAAAAAAAUUGUUAAAUUUGUUUUUUACUAAUUAUCAAUGGAUUUUUCUGACACCAUUUUAAGAAAUUAGUGUUGGUGUAAUGGUUUGUGGGGAUAAUGCUUUUAUUAAAGAAAAUUCACAUUCAACAGACUGUUAAUUAAGAAAAAAUCAAUUCUUAUAUAUAUUUGGAACAAUAUCAACAAUUUUUGUAUUUAUUUCAGGAUUUUCAAUUUCUUAUUUCUUUAGAAAUUAUUAAUUCAAUGAUCGAACUUUUUCAAGAUAAUUUAAUUAUGUAACAAUUUUAAGAAUACUACUUCAUUAAAUUGUAAUAAUAUUGUAUUAUAUCAAUUUUCAUAAUAUCACUUAUGUAAAACACGCAGUUUCAUAAUUAAUAGGAUUAACCUUAAUUUUAGAUAUCAUAUAUAAUCAACCAUUUGGAUAUUCUUUUGAUUCUAAAUUCUAUAGUGCAGCCACUUUAAAUCAUUAAUUUCUACUAAUAUUAUCAGCAGUUUGGAUUUUCAAAAAUAAACAGAAUGACGAAUUUAUAUUUUUAGCUUUCAUAAUUUUUAUUCCUGUAAUAAAUAUAGUAUAUUUCAUAGAUUAAUACUUUCGUAUCUAAUCAAUAUUUAAGAAUGAAACAAUUAAAUAUAUAUAAUUCUUUUAAUCCUUUUCAAUUUUAAAAUAAAUUUGAUAAAUAAUUAGAAGAAAUAUAUCGAGUAGCAGAAUCCAGUGAAUACAAUAUACAAUCAAAAUUAUUGUUGUAUCUAAUUUUCAAACAUCAUAUAUCCAUUUGUAGAAAUAUUGAAUGUCAUUGUACACAAAAUAUUAAAUCUUUUUUUAUAAAUAAUUCAUGUGAUUUUAAUAAACUGAAUCAAUGGUCAACUAAUCUAUUCUAGAUGUAAUUGAAAUAUGCACUUAUUCAUAAAGAUUUUGAAUUUUAUGAACAUCUAGCACUAAAAUUUGUUACAUUUCUAGCCAAAUAUUAAAACAAUCCUGUCAAUGCUUAUUCAAUAUUGUAAAAGAUAAUGUGUAGUUAAUAAUCUUAAACUUAAUUUCAAAAAAAUAGAAGACAGACACAAAUCUCAUUUUAUUUUUAAAAUAUCUCUAAGAUUUUGUUAAGAAGAAACCGAAAUCAUUUCAUCAACUAAUAAUUAUGUGAAACAAAAAAAGUUGAAUCAUUGUUAUAAGGUUAGGCUUAAAUUGAAAACUUUGGUUCUUAAAUUCAUGAUGAACUUUUAUAAUUGGCAAUUGAAAAAUAAAAAUUUUGGGAAAAUUAUAUGAAUAGUAAAUUAGGAUCAUUUUAGGGUUUAGAAUUAGCUUUAAAAAAAGUUGAAUCCAAAAUAAAACGUGUUACUUACUUUAUAAAGUAAUUAAGGAAUAAAAUUAUACAUUUGACUACAAAAAAGGUUGAUUGUGUCAGUAUUUUAAACUUUGAAUUAUUAUAUAAAAUUUGUACAACAAAUAACAAUUAAGAAAUUUAUGAAAUUCAAUAAAAAAUCAAAUAAAUAUUACUUGCUGAUUAAUAUGAGGAAGAACAGUAUUUAAAUAUUCAUUUUUAAACUAAAGAAUGUAUAUCAAUAAUAGCAAAUAUCUCAUAAAGCAAAAGAGGAGAACUUUGGAAACCAAAUCAACCAAUUUUAUAGAAGUUCUUUAAUAAAACUAGAGAAAUUAAACAUCUUAAUGAUUUAUUACCAAAUUUCAUAGCAGAUGUUCAUAAUGGAAUUAUUGAAAAUUAUAUUAGAUAUGGUAUUAGUGUAAGGAAAGAAGUAGUCACAUAAGUUGUUUCUACUUAUGGAGAUAAUUAUAUAGAACCGAUGACAUUUACUCUUAGAUUUUUUUUCCCAAAAUUUGAUUCUGAUUAUGAUUUUUUUAUGAUAGGAUUUCUUAGGAAGGAAGAGAGAUUAGUUGAAAGUAAUUAAAAUGAAAAAAAAUAAUUUGGUUAUAUUUGCUUUGAUGAAAAUUUAAAUAUAUUAGGUAUAAACUAAGUAAUUGCAGAAAAAUUAAAUUACAAAGUUUCAAAUUCAAUAAACUAUAAUGGAUUAGAUAUUUGUUUUUUAUUACCAACUAUUUUAUAAUCAUUAAUUGAUUUAUAUAAAUAAAUUUUGAACCAAAAAAUUGAACAUUUAAGUGACAAUGAAAUGAUAAUUUCAAAAAAUUAGGAGGCUUUUUAUGUUCCAAAUGAAUUCUCAAAAAAUCAUUAAAUUAAUCCUAAUGAUAGUUUAAUUGAUAAAAUUACUAAAUAUGAAGAAAUUUAUGCAAAUGUUUAGGAAGAUCAAUGUUAAUUCUUAACCAGCUAUUAAGUAAAUUAUCAAUUAUUUUCUAAAAGAUUGAAAUAUUUAGCAGAUUUUACUAAUAUUGUUUUUCAUAAAGAAUUUUUUUUAGUAAAAUUAUAAUUUUUAGAUAAUAAUUUUUCAAAUGAAAAUAAUUAUAUAAAGAUUUACUAAGAGAAUAGAAGUCAACAUACUGAAAUAAAUAUUAAUAAUUUUGAUGGAAUUUUAGAGAUUAUAUCUAGCAAAACAAAAUCAAGUACAAGAUCAGUGUUGUAAUAAAUAGAAAUAUUUCAUAAAAUUUUAUCAAAAUAAUGUGAAAGUAAACAUUAAAAAUUAUUUAAAAACAUAAAUUUAAUGUUUUUGAUUUGUUUUAUUUUAACUUCUGGAGUCAUAAGUUUUACUUUUAAAGAUAAAAAUAAUUAAUUUAAAAGUUGUAAGAUUUAAUAAAUACAUAUAUUAAAUGAAGUAGCCAUAUAUUCUAGUUUGAUUAAUAGUAUAAAUAACGAGGGAAUAAUUGAAAUAGUUAAAACUAAUUUUGAAAUGGAUAUUGAAGAUGUAACCAUAAAGAUAUCUUAUUCUAAAUACAAAUAAAUUUUGUAAGAAUUGAUAUAAUAUUCAUCAUAUCAUUUUUUUAAAAUGUUUUAAGAGGCUGAGUUUGUAUUGAAUAUCCCUUUGAAAUUCUAAAUGAAAUAUUUACCAGAAUUUGGUAAUGAAUUAAAUGAAGAAUAGAUUGAAAACCUUUUGACUUUUCGAUAAAUAUUAUGUCAAAAAAUUGAAAGUUAUAAGUAAGAUAGAAAGAUAUAAGAUUUAAGUACAAUCGUUUUAAAUUAUUUUAAUUAUGUAGAGUAUUUGUAUUAUUCGACUUAAAAAUGCUUUUAAGAUUCGAAAUUAUUGUUGAAUGAAUAAAUAUAAUUGGGAGAGCAAAUUUUAAUAUUUAUGUAUGUUUUAUUAAUUUUAAUUUAUUUGUUACAGAUUUUGAUUGUGAAUAGAAUGCUUAAGAAAAGGAAAUAUAUUCUAAAAUUAUUUAUAAGGACAGAUUAUAAAGAUGCUUUAUUAGAGAAUGAGAAGUUUUAAAUACUUUCAGGUUGGUUUAGUGAGAUAAAAAAUGGUUGGAGUUAGAAGAAUAUGUAAGGGUUAUUGAAUUAGUUAAAUUUAAGUGUGAAAUCUUUGAGAGAUGAUGAGGAUGUAAUAAAUGGAUUUACAUCAUCAGAUAGAAGAUUUAAUGAGAAGUUAUUAGAGAAUAGCGAAAAAUUAAAAAUAAAUUUUUCACAUAGAUAUUAAAAUUUAAGUGGUUACAUAUGUUUAACAAUAAUAUUUUUAUGUACAUUAAUUUACAUUUUAUCAUUCCAUAUAUAGAUAAGUGAUAUAUAAGAAGAUUUACUGUAUUUUUCAUAAUUUAGUUUGUUGUUAUAGAAAUAUUAAAUAAACUAUUUAGUGUAAUAUUUUCGAUGUUAAUAUUACAUGAAUUAUGAGUUUUAUAAUAAUUAUGAGAUUGACACAAUCUGGAUGGAAAUAUACGAAUAAAGUGAAUUUUCAAGAAAUGAUGUUGAUGAAGCUAUGAUUAAUUUGAAUAGGAAUGUGUUUAGUUCGAUAUUAAGAAAUAAUGAUGAAGGAGUAUUGAAUUUGAAUAAAGAAGAGUAAGUAGAAUUUUAUUAAGGGAAUGUUUGUUAGAUUGAGAAAAGGAUUUGUAAUGAGAGUGAUAGGAAUAUUUAAUUAAGAGAAGAGUUAUAGGAUUAUUAUUAGAAUAAUAGUUUGAAUUAAUUAUUUUUAGAAUAAGGAUAGAUAUUCUUUUAGAAUAAUGAGAUGUAUAAUAUUAAGGAGUUGAUAAGAAAUUAUGUAGAGAAUUUAUUUAAAUCAAAAGAGUAUUUUUUGAAUAAUGUUUGGGGUUUUGAUAUAAUAGUGAAUAGAGUAAGUAAGACAGCAGUGUAUUUUUUAGAAAGAAUGGAUGAGAAUUUGAGUAAGGAUGAAAAUAGAAUGUUUUUAUAUGCUUUGAUAAUUGGAGUGUUAUAUUUUUGUUUAUUAAUAAUGUUUAUAAUGUUAUUUGGAUAGUAUUUCAGUAGAGAAGAUUAGAAGAGUAAGUAAUGUUUAUUACAGAUGCCUUUUUGGAGUAUAUUAAAGAAGAAUAUCUUUAGUUGUUUGAAAUAGAUUGAAUGA